UUAUGUUGUUCCAACUUAUGUUAUUGUUUCCUUCAAACAAAGGGUGGUCAUCAUCUAAUGAUAGAACAACAAAAGGUUUGAAUAUCUAUAUAUUUAUCAAUCAAUCUGCAGAUAACAAAAGAGAAAGAGAAAGAUGUCGAUUGAGCUGGAUGCAGACAACAACUUACAGGAUGAAAUUAGGGAGCCGUUAAUCAUCCCUGAAAGAAAGAUUCUCAUUUCAGAUGAUCCUCCUCAAGAACAAAAACAUCAAUGGAUGGUUUACAUGAGUACAAUUGCUGCUGUUUGUGGUUCCUAUGCAUUUGGAAAUUGUGCAGGUUUUUCCUCACCUGCUCAAGCAGCCAUUACAGAGGAUCUCAAUCUAUCUACAGCUGAGUACUCAUUGUUUGGCUCGAUAUUGACUUUUGGAGCCAUGAUUGGCGCAAUUACAAGUGGUCCAAUAGCCGAUUUCACUGGCCGCAAAGGGGCCAUGAGAGUUGCAGCUGCUUUCUGUGUAGCUGGAUGGUUAGCCAUUUACUUUGCACAGGGGACAAUUUCAUUGGAUAUAGGAAGAUUAGCAACAGGAUAUGGCAUGGGAGUCUUCUCCUUUGUGGUACCUAUUUUCAUUGCGGAGAUAGCACCCAAGAAUAUGCGAGGAGCACUGACAACACUAAAUCAGCUCAUGAUUUGUACUGGAGUCUCAGUGUCCUACAUAAUCGGGACAUUGAUAUCAUGGAGGGUUUUAGCAUUGACAGGACUGAUUCCUUGCGCUGUUCUAGUUAUCGGUCUCCUUUUCAUUCCAGAGUCCCCUAGAUGGCUAGCAAAGUUAGGACAUCAAAAAGAAUUUGAAACUUCACUGCAGAAACUACGAGGCAAAGAUGCUAAUAUUUCAGAGGAGACAGCUGAAAUCCAGGAUUACAUAAGAACACUUGAUGCGCUACCAAAAGCAAAAAUGCUGGAUUUAUUUGACAAAAGAUACUUGCGUUCAGUCACUAUUGGAGUUGGAUUGAUGGUCUGUCAACAAUUGGGAGGAAUCAAUGGGAUAUGUUUUUACGUAACCAGUAUCUUUCAGUCAGCAGGAUUUCCUUCAAACGUGGGGACUAUUAUCUACGCCGUUCUUCAGGUGGUAGUUACUGCACUAGGUGCAACCUUAAUUGACAAAGCUGGAAGAAAACCUCUUUUAUUGGUCUCAGGAUCAGGAUUGGUACUGGGUUGCUUUCUGGUAGCUGUUUCCUUCUAUCUUAAGGUUCAUGAAAUUGCACUCAAGGCAUCACCUAUAUUUGCUGUAGUUGGUAUAUUGGUAUACAUAGGAUCAUUCUCAAUAGGAAUGGGAGCAGUUCCUUGGGUCAUAAUGUCUGAAAUAUUUCCUAUAAAUAUUAAAGGAGUGGCUGGGAGCCUAGCGACGUUGGUUAAUUGGUUCAUUGCGUGGAUAGUGUCCUACACUUUCAAUUUCCUUAUGAGCUGGAGUUCUUAUGGUACCUUCAUUCUUUAUGGUGUGAUCAAUGCACUUGCAAUCUUAUUCAUAAUUGUAGUGGUUCCAGAGACAAAAGGCAGGACUUUGGAACAGAUACAAGCUUCCAUUAAUUCUUAGAAGUGAAGAGUGAAACUAAAUUUAUGAGAAACAUUGUCUUCAUAAUUUUUAUAUGUUAUAAUUUAUAAUAAAGCUCAAUCACUGAUUCUUGUGUUUGUUUGUAUUGUAACAUGAGUAGUGGAAUGAAAUGGAUACUUAAGUUUUAGUCACCA